AUGCUUGCUUGUUUUGUCAUAUAACUCGUGCAGAGAUGAAAAAGCCAGAUGCUCAACAAAAACACAACUGUUCCAGUCGCUCGCUGGAAACGCUUGAUACAGAUUUUCAAAAAUUCAUUCAAAAAGGUCAAAUACCAAAGUUAGCAAAGUAUUGUAACAAUGUGAUUGAUUCACCACUUUUCAAUAUUCCUUUAACACAAGUUGGUAUUCCAUUGUUGCAUAUCUCAUUCGGAAUUUAUCUAAAAAAUUUUAAUAUGCUGGAAGAUAGCUGUCAUAUUAUAGAUAUAAAAAUUGCAGCUAAAAUGUGUUUAAAAAAUCAAACUGUAAACAACAAAAGUUUUGAUGAAUAUCUCGCACUGCAGUUAAAAAUAUAUGAGCAAGAAAAAGUAAUUGCUGAAUAUUGUGAAAAAAUAACACUAAUUCAUGAUGCAAUGACAAUACAAGUUCUAUGUUCUCCUGAAAAUGGAGAAUACCUCUAUGAAGUUUUUUAGCCAAGAAUAGUUCAUUUUAUGGAGAAAAAAAAAUACUAAGGUAUACUAAGUAUGCCUUAGCAUUUUUCUUAUAUUUGAAAUAAUGAAAUAAAAUAUUCUAUAGUUCUAUGUAAAUGAAACACUCAAUUUAAGAGAAAAAGCUUCUGUGUGUGUUCAUGUAAAGCUGUUUUUUAUAUAGCUUAUUGAAUUAGAAGAGUUAAAAAGUAAAAUAUUGAAAAAUCACAUGGACAACUUGUGAAAAAACUUGAUGAAGUUCUAUGUGGUCUUAAUGUUCAAAGACAAGCUUACCACGGAAAAUGUUUUAUUGGGAAUCAUGUUCAUUAAAUGUUAAAGUUAAACAGUGUCCUAGAUCUUUGCAAUUCGAUACCUAAAAUUGUAAGCGAUCUUGGAUUUAUUGAUACAGAUGUCCAUAACGAGGCAAAGGUCUUGAGUGAGAAAUUUGUUCAUUUGUUCUCCAAAUACGCGAUAUGUUACAAUUUUAUGAAUUUAAGUGAAAUAAUUAAUAAUAAUCCAUUAUUAGAGUUAGAAGGAGUCAUUGGAGAAUUAAUGAGUUACUUUCGUAAAACACGGCCCAAUGAGCCCAUUACACCAAAAACGCAUUUAUUAGAAAGUCAUUGUGUUGAUUUUAUUAGAAAUUGGGGUUUGGUUUUGAUAUUCAUGGAGAGCAAGGUUUAGAAAGUAUGCAUGCUGAAUUCAACAGUAUGAACAGCACCUUUUGCCAUAUGAAAGGAAAGCAAAGACUAGAAAGCAUUUUGUCCAAUCACUACAUCAAAAACUCCCCAAAAGCUUUGGAAAUCAGACCAACUAUUCAAGAAAGAAAAGCUUAUAAAAGAAAAGCCUUGUGAUGUUUCUUAGAUAAUUGUAUAUAAGAUUGUAAUUGCAUAACGACCUAAUUUUAAUGUUAAUUGUAAGAAAAAAUAUAUAUUCUA